UUCAGUUCAGUUCAGCUUUUACAGGCUCCGUUUGAAAUCUUUUUCCUAAAAUGGAGAGGUCAAUGCAUCAUUUGCACACGACACCGUUUCUGCUUUCCCCGGAGCAGCAGAGGCACACUGUGAUCACAGCACACAUCUGGAUCUUAUCGUCUUUUUAUUUUCAGUUUUGUAUUUUCAUCUGAGAGAAGAGAAAACAAGCAUAUUUCUCAGAUUCAGCAUGUUUGGAUGUCUAUUUUCUCCCUGUUAGCAUCAUCUGAAAGCAGGGGCAUCCGUCAGGAAUAAGUCUGUGUAACAGUCUGUCUGAAGAUAUUCCUGUCGAUGAUGUUUGGGAAGGUGAAGACGUGUAAUCCUGCUGAAUGUAACCUGGUGAUUCUUGGUGUGAUGGGCUGCGGGAAGUCAGCACUGACAGUAAAAUUUCUCACAAAACGCUUCAUCACUGAAUACGACCCUAACCUAGAAGACAUCUACUCAUCUGAAGAGGUGGUGGACCAGCAGCCGGUCACACUGAGAGUGAUGGACACUUGUGAACAGGAAGGUCCAGUGAACAGUGAACGUUAUCUGUCAUGGGCAAAUGUCUUCCUGGUGGUCUACAGCAUUGAUAACAUGAAGAGCUUUAAUGGCUGUCAGCUGUACCUGCAGACACUUGCCUCACACAACAAAACCUUCAGGCCACAAACUCCCAUCAUACUUCUGGGCAACAAGAAGGACAUGGACAGAUACAGGCUGGUGCGUCAGUCGGAUGGUGAGGCCUUGGCGUCUCAUUUUGGAUGUUCAUUCUUCGAGGUGUCAGCCUGUCAAGAUUUCCACUCUGUACAGCAAGUCUUCCACGAGGCAGUGAGGAGGGCGAGGAAAGGUGGUGCCUGUGGCUGCUUGGUCCCCGCCAUCUAUGCCAGCGAGGACAAAGCACUUCUGGGUGUCCCAUCCUUUACUACACCAUGUUAUAAGGAGCUGCCAGUGCCUGCCAAUGCGAAGCUGAUCACAGUGAAGACAUCCAGAGCUCAGAGCAAACGGAGAGCUUCCACUCUCACCUUACUCAAAGGGUUUAAGAUAUUUUGACACAU